CGUGCUUAUGGCAAUAUCUACUUUUUGAUACUCCUACGGGGGUGUCUGUUUUCACCUUCUUGAAUGCGAGGCUAGUCGAUCAAUCUGUGUCUUUAUCGGACAAAUUGCUCAGAUUUGUCGAGAGAGGCAGUUCGGGUCUUGACGCAGAUCCGAAGAACAUGACUCACCAAACGCUCGAAAGCGGCCCAAUGUUAGAUCUAUUUUCGAAUGACAUGCAUGUCUGCCUCGCAAUAUCUGGUCAAUCUCCUGAGCGAUGCCUGAAAGCAUCUACGCCACAGAGAAUAACACCCACCCGAGUAGGAGCCCUCCUAGAGAAUCGACACGCUAAUCAAACUCCAUCAUUUUUCGACUCACAGCGAACUGUCCAAGCUCCAUUGCCGGCAAGACUAUCGAAUGAAGAUGAGGACCGUCUAUUCAGAGAAAGAGGCAAACGGCAGGUGGCACAGCUGUCAUCAAGGUGAGACAAGUUUGGAAUACUACGCCAAAGUCUAAUGCCGAUGAUUCCGCAGGUCAUCUGCCACUCUAGGAUGCCUGAACCGGGGUGGAGUGGG